UGAGAUUUUUAUUAUUUCUUUACAGGUGAUAGACCCAAUCGUUCCGCGAUACACUGCCCUCCUCCAGAGUGAUGUGAUUCCUGUCAAUGUCAAGGGAGCUAGUGUUGGCUAUAAAAAAAUUGCAGCACAUCCAAAGAACACAGACCUGGGAACCAAGGAUAUCUGGUACGGUCCCCUGCUGUAUAUAGAGGGCGCUGAUGCUGAGAUGUUGUCUCAGGGGGAGACCGUGACCUUCAUUAACUGGGGAAACCUCCAGAUUGCUCAAAUCAAUCGAACUAAUGGGAAGAUAACAUCGCUGGACGCUAACCUUGACCUUGAGAACACAGAUUACAAGAAGACUCAGAAGAUAACAUGGCUGGCCAGCACGGACAAGGCCCCGUUCACUCCUGCUAUCUGUGUCCACUACGAUCACAUUAUCUCGAAGGCUAUCCUUGGCAAGGACGAAGACUUUAAGGCCUAUGCUAACACAGACUCUAAGAAAGAGCAGGUAAUGUACGGAGAUCCGUGCCUCGCCAGUCUGAAGAAAGGGGACACAAUUCAACUACAGCGACGGGGUUACUUCAUCUGUGACCAGCCAUACCAGCCAACCAGCCCCUAUACUGGAAAGUGUAGCCCGUGUGUACUACUGAACAUCCCAGAUGGCCACCAGAAGGAGAUGCCAACAGCUGGCUCCAAGCACAAACAGGAGGCCAGUGCCAAGGAGAAAGCACAGAGCAAGAAAGGAAAGUCUGCUGAAAAAUCUCCGCAGGAUGAGAAAGCUCCGUCUGUCCCAGGAGGCAGCUCAGCAGCUGACCUUGACACUAAGAUUUGUGCCCAAGGUGAACAGGUCAGAAAGCUGAAGACAGAGAAGGCUCCAAAGGACCGGAUAGAGGCCGCAGUAAAGAUCCUGUUGGCACUAAAGGCCGAGUAUAAGUCUGCCACUGGCAAGGAUUGGAAACCAGAUGCCAAGCCAGCCCCAGUGACUGCUGCUCCGGCGACUACAGGAGACGGUGACCUAUACGACAAGGUCGCAGCACAGGGCUACAGAGUCAGAGAUCUUAAAUCCCAGAAGGCAAAGAAGGAUCAGAUUGAUGCUGAGGUGAAGAUCCUGUUGGCGUUGAAGGCCGAAUAUAAGUCUGCCUCUGGCAAUGAUUGGAAACCAGAUGCCAAGCCAGCCCCAGUGACUGCUGCUCCAGCGACUACAGGAGACGGUGACCUAUACGACAAGGUCGCAGCGCAGGGCUGCAGAGUCAGAGAUCUUAAAUCCCAGAAGGCAAAGAAGGAUCAGAUUGAUGCUGAGGUGAAGAUCCUGUUGGCAUUAAAGGCCGAAUAUAAGUCUGCCUCUGGCAAGGAUUGGAAACCAGAUGCCAAGCCAGCCCCAGUGACUGCUGCUCCGUCGACUACAGGAGACGGUGACCUAUACGACAAGGUCGCAGCGCAGGGCUACAGAGUCAGAGAUCUUAAAUCCCAGAAGGCAAAGAAGGAUCUGAUUGAUGCUGAGGUGAAGAUCCUGUUGGCGUUGAAGGCCGAAUAUAAGUCUGCCUCUGGCAAGGAUUGGAAACCAGAUGCCAAGCCAGCCCCAGUGACUGCUGCUCCGGCGACUACAGGAGACGGUGACCUAUACGACAAGGUCGCAGCACAGGGCAACAGAGUCAGAGAUCUUAAAUCCCAGAAGGCAAAGAAGGAUCAGAUUGAUGCUGAGGUAAAGAUCCUGUUGGCAUUGAAGACUGAGUAUAAGUCUGCCACUGGCAAGGAUUGGAAACCAGAUGCCAAACCAGCCCAGGCCGCUACUGCCCCGGCGACAACUGGAGACUCUGACCUCAACGAUAAAAUUGUUGCUCAAGGAAAUAAAAUCCGUGACCUGAAGGACCAGAAAGUUUCAAAAGAGAAGCUUGACCCUGAAGUGAAGACUUUGCUGGCCCUCAAGGCUGAGUACAAGACUGCCACAGGCAAGGACUGGAAGCCCCAGCCAGCAGGUGCCACCCCGAGGGCUGCCCAGACACCCAGCUCCGGCAUGGCCGACUCAGCAGAAGCUAAGGGCCUAAAGGCACAGAUUGAUGCCCAGGGCGAGAAAGUCAGGACACUUAAGUCUUCAGGGGCAUCAAAGGCUGAUGUUGAUAAGGAGGUACAGGCAUUGCUGUCCCUAAAAGGUAAAUACAAGGACUUGACGGGAGAGGAGUUGGGCGGAGGUGGACGGCAGAGUAAGAAAGGGGACAAAAAGGCCAAGGAAAACAAACCACCAAAGAAACAGGAGGCAGCACCGGUCAAGGACGAUUCAGCUAGCAAGGAUGACUCGGCUAACAAAGAUUUAAAAAAGAUCACACGACUCUGUCUGGAGGCAAAAAAAGAUGAAAAUCUGUCCGAAUGGUACCAACAGGUGAUCACGAAGUCGGAGAUGAUCGAGUACUACGAUGUGAGUGGAUGCUACAUCCUGCGGCCAUGGUCCUACUCUAUCUGGGAAGUCAUCAAGGACUUCUUUGACGCCGAGAUAAAGAAGCUUGGCGUGGAGAACACAUACUUCCCAAUGUUUGUCUCUAACCAGGCGCUGGAGCGGGAGAAAUCACAUAUAGAGGACUUUGCUCCCGAGGUUGCCUGGGUAACCAGGUCUGGGAAAUCUGAAUUAGCUGAGCCAAUAGCCAUCAGGCCAACCAGUGAGACAGUGAUGUACCCGUCCUAUGCGAAAUGGAUUCAAUCUCAUCGAGACCUUCCUCUCAAACUAAACCAAUGGUGUAAUGUUGUGAGAUGGGAGUUUAAACAUCCACAGCCUUUCCUGAGGACGAGAGAAUUCUUAUGGCAGGAAGGUCACACAGCAUACGCCAAUCGCAAGGACGCAGAAGAGGAGGUGUUUACGAUACUGGAACUGUACGCCCGAGUGUACGAGGAACUACUGGCCAUCCCAGUGGUACGGGGCAGGAAAACAGAGAAGGAGAAAUUUGCUGGAGGAGAUUUUACAACAACAGUAGAGGCAUAUAUCAGUGCUAGUGGGCGUGCCAUACAGGGGGCCACAUCUCAUCAUCUUGGUCAGAACUUCUCCAAGAUGUUUGAGAUUGUGAUUGAGGACCCAGAGACGAGGGAGAAACAGUACGUUUUUCAGAAUUCGUGGGGUAUCACCACCAGGACGAUAGGUGUGCUGUGUAUGGUCCACGGUGACAACAAUGGAUUGGUCCUCCCACCUAGGAUUGCCAGUGUACAGGUGAUCAUUGUACCAUGUGGUAUCACGGCCAAUUUGUCUAAAGCAGACGAGAAGAACCUCAUGAAGAAGUGUGAGGAGAUACAGGGUUCUUUGGUGGCCGCUGGGAUCAGGGCCAAGUGUGAUCUGCGCGACAAUUACUCUCCAGGCUGGAAGUUCUACCACUGGGAACUUAAGGGAGUGCCGAUCAGGAUGGAGCUGGGCCCUAGGGACAUCAAACAGAACCAGGCUGUUCUUGUGAGGCGAGACACCGGGGUCAAGUCGACAGUUCCCAUGGCCAACCUGGCCACCAGCACCAGGGACACCCUCAACAACAUCCAGCAGAACCUGUUUACCAAAGCCAACGAGGAUCUUUCGAGACAUAUGUCCGUGACGCACGACUGGGAAGAAUUCUGUAAUAGCCUAGACGACAAGAAGAUCAUCCAGGCUCCGUUCUGCGGCGAGAUUCCGUGUGAGGAGAAGAUCAAGAAGGACAGCGCCAGGGAUGCUGUGGUAGAGGAGGGGGCACCUGCUAUGGGAGCCAAGGGACUGUGUAUCCCUUUCAAACAGCCUAAGGAGUUGGUCAAGGGCACAAAGUGCAUCAUGCCUUGCUGUGGCAAGGACGCCAAAUAUUACACACUGUUUGGGAGAAGCUACUGAGCAAAGAUACUAACAUUUGUACCAGAGAUACAUAUGACUGACUGGAUUAUAAAAUAAUUUACACCUCAACACAAAUUAUUGGAUUAUAACAUCACACAAUGGUUAUGUAUGAAACUGUAGUCCGACCAACAUUUGGAAUCACCUCUCCAACACCUAAAAUACUAUUAGAAAUCAGAGCAUUUAAAGCAAUAUUAGCUGUGUUUGAACUGUCAAGGUCGUGGAUACUUGGAUGUAUGCAGAUGUUGAAUUAAACAGAGUCAACUUGAUUCCUUGCCAUCAUCAACUACGAGAAUAAGUCUUUAAAUAAGGUUGCAAUACAAUUUUGCUUAUUCAUAUACUGUGAUUCCAAACUGUUCAAGAUCCAAAGGACUUCCAACUUUUAUUUAUAAUAAACAAUUCAAUGCAAUGUA